UAAAAGGGCUUGACAAUGACACUGCAACAAGAGCAAAAUGUGAAAUGCAUGAUUGGCCGGCAAGGGAAUGUAAAUGUGUCUUGGCUAGCUACAGUAUUGGCCUUAAGUGCACCCCUGUCCAAGCAAACCAUACAGUUCUUCUGUCUUAUUCCCCUCCCUCCCAUUCUCUCACCUGUACAUGAGCUACACCCACUUUUCCAAAUGGGGUGGCUGCAAUCCCUCCUCUCUCCAUUGAAGAAGCUGUGGUUUCGUCUACAUUCAACUCCAAAGAAGAGAAGAGGGAUAUACAUUCUGUAUGAGGAUGUAAAAUCCUGCCAAUAUGAAGAUGUGCACGUCCUAUGGUCAAUACUAGUGGAGUCACAGACACCUUCCUUGCCAUCAAAACAUUGAAGUCGUAUACACCAACAAAAAAAAUUCCCAAGAAACUGAGAGAUGUCCACUCAUGUACAUAAGUAUUUAUCUUGUUUUAUAAUCUUUUGAAAGGAUUUUUGGUUUUCUAGUUUGCUUCUUGAGUUUCUUGUCAUCUGGGAUAUACAUCAGAGCAUAGCUUUUCCUCAAAAUUCGUGUUCUUUUUCUUUUUUUCUUUAAACUUUAUGCAGAUGGUUUGCACCAACUCUGAAUUAAAAGGCAAUGGGUGAAAGAAGGCUCUAUUUCUCUUCAAUUUGCUCUGUUAUUUUUCCCCCCGUCAGUUUCCAGCAGUUGGGUGUAGCAGUUUAUUUCUUCUUUUCUUAUCAACCUGAAGUUGACUCGCGAAAACUAUAGAAUGGAUGGAGUAACCUCCAUGAUGUUCAUGUCUUUAAUUAAUUCUUCCACAAAUAUUAUUAGCUAUACGCAA